UUUAUCGCUAUCGUCGCGGUCACGCUGUGGAGGACGUAACUUUGUUGUUGUUUUCAAAAAAAAAAAAGGAAAACAGCGGCAACGAAACCAGUUUAUAGAGCCUAAAUGUGAGCAACGAAGACAUAACUGCAUCUACAGCUCAUACCAAACUAUUACACGCUCUCUCGGAACACACACACAGACACGACACAAGCUCAGCGGAAUGCCUGGCGAAAAGAAAGUUUUGACGCAAUCCACAGGCCUUUGCUUGUAAUGAAGAAGCUUCGCCGUCGCCGCCGCCGAAACAUUUACUGCUGCAAUCUCCCCGUGGACGGACGCUGUGUACGGUUGUCGGACCACAUAUUUUGGAGAUACUUAACGAAAUGCCAUUGAGGAAUCAGUCGCAGCAAUAAAAGUGAAAUCCGCACGGGCAAACACGCAUACGAACACACACAGCUGCCAAAGGCAGACAAGCAGGCAGCAGACAGCAGACGGCAGACGGCAGUCAGCGUCAGCAGCAUUCAUUUUCGUAUUGGCCACCGUGACGAUAUGGCGGUAACAACGGGCACCAGUACCGGAGCGGCAACCGCAACCACAACCAGCCCCUCGCCGAGUCCGCGACGCAAGCAUAGUACGCGCGAGCAACUGCAUCAGAUUGUGGGUGGAGGCCUGUCGGCGGCCAUAACACGUUCCACCUGCCAGCCGCUGGAUGUGCUUAAGAUACGCUUUCAGCUGCAGGUGGAGCCGCUGGGCAAGUCGCAGGCCACGGGCGCACGGCAGGCAUCCAAAUACAUUUCCAUCACGCAGGCGGUGGGGACGAUAUACCGCGAGGAGGGAGUGCUGGCCUUCUGGAAGGGCCACAAUCCCGCCCAGGUGCUGAGCAUUAUGUAUGGAAUCUGUCAGUUCUGGACAUACGAACAGCUGAGUUUGCAGGCCAAGCAGACCAACUACCUCAAGGAUCACCAGCACUUGUCGAAUUUCCUGUGCGGCGCCGCUGCCGGCGGUGCUGCGGUUAUCAUCUCCACGCCGCUGGAUGUGAUACGAACCCGCCUGAUUGCCCAGGACACCAGCAAGGGCUAUAGGAAUGCCACGCGCGCCGUUUCCGCCAUUGUGCACCAGGAGGGACCGCGCGGCAUGUACCGUGGCCUGUCGUCGGCCCUGCUACAGAUUGCACCGCUGAUGGGCACCAACUUUAUGGCGUAUCGCCUGUUCAGCGACUGGGCGUGUGCCUUCUUCGAGGUGGGGGAUCGCAGCAAGUUGCCCACCUGGACGCUACUCGCACUGGGCGCCUCAUCCGGUAUGCUGUCCAAGACGAUUGUGUAUCCGUUCGAUUUGAUUAAGAAGCGCUUGCAAAUACAGGGCUUUGAGUCGAAUCGACAGACGUUUGGCCAGACGCUGCAGUGUCACGGCGUUUGGGAUUGCCUCCGGCUGACAGUGCGUCAAGAGGGUGUGCGCGGUCUGUACAAGGGCGUGGCCCCCACCUUGCUGAAGUCAAGCCUGACGACGGCCUUGUAUUUUAGCAUUUACGACAAGCUGAAGCAGGUGCGCUUCUAAGUGUUAAUCGCAGUCACUGGGGUUAAUGGUUGUUCUACCACCUCUAAUCGGGCGCUCUGUUAGACAUUGGAAUAUAUACAGUGUAUUUUCUAUUUUUAUACAUAUAUAUAUAUAUAUAUAUAUAUUUCCACAUACCGUGUAAAUAAUAUUAAGCAUA